AAAAACCCUUCCCCGUAAUUAACACCCAGAUCCCCUCCUCCCAUCGUCCCUCUCCCAUGCCGAAUACUCUCCCUCCUCCUUCCUCUGUCGACGCCGAUGCCGAUGACGUCAUUGACACGUCGAACACCGACGCCCCCUCCUCCUCCCACCUCUCGCUGUCAAGACCUCCCCCGUGAUCUACACCCAUAUCCCCAAUUUCACAUCCCCCCGUUGAUGACCGAGCUCCUCCUGCUGUCGACGCCGAGCUCCUCCCUCAUCGUAAAACUCCCCCGCUGUCGACUUCGACGCUGAUCCCGACGCCGAGCUCCUCCCCCGUGCUCCUCCAUCGUCGAAGAUCGAGCUCCUCCCUCGACGCCGACGUUGAGCUCCUCCCUCAUCGACGACGAGUUCCUCCCUCCUCUCCGAGCUUCCCCGCUGUCGACGCUGACCCCGACGCCGAGCUCCUCCCCCGUGCUUCUCCCUCAUUGAAGACCGAGCUCCUCCUUCGACGCCGACGCUGAGCUCCUCCCUCGUCGAUGCAUUUGAGCAAAUAUUCAGAGAUUGUUAAUCAUGUUUUCCCUUCAUUGGAGAUGCCAGACAAGAAGAACAGUAUCUCAAUAUGCACUUGUUUGGGCGACAAGCUUAGGUGGAAUGACAACUCACGAGGCCGCUUUGAGAUACUGUCAAUCUCUGGCCUAUUGACAAAGAGCAUUGGUCCAGGCAGCAAAAUUGAUGGGCUAACUAUCAUGCUAGCAGGACCUAAUGGCAAGGUCUUUGGAGGUCGUCUGAGCGGCCUUCUCAUUGUUGCCUCCUCUGUUCAGGUGAUCAUUGGCAGUUUCGCCUCUGAUUGUCAUCAGGAGCCAUUGAUGGGAGCAAAAAAAUUGAAGCUAACAAGUGUGGUCAACCAUUCAAGGAACCAGCUAGAUUUUCCCUUGAGUGCCUCAGGAGCAAAGGAGAAAGUAGGAAGGAAAAAAAAGGAGCCCGUGUAUGAUCGCAUAUAGUAGUAGAUCUUUUAUAUAAUCAAUUGUUGGAGGGAUAGUAAAGGCAUCUUUCAAUGCAAAUUGUAAAUUCUCUGUACAUGAGUUUUUUGUGUGUGAAAAAUUCUUCUUUGUUACAUCAUAAUAUCAGAGUUCAUUCUUAUGACAUUU